AUGUUUUUCUUCAAUGCUUUAUUUGACUCACUUUAUGAGAUUCCCCCACCCCAUCCUUUGGCUUUUGAGUUGAAAUCUAUUAUUUACGGGUAUGGAAGAUUGGGUUUGUUUCAAGAUUUGCAGAGAGUUAUGGAUCAAAUGGAGAAAAGUGGGUUCGUUAUUGAUACUGUUUGUUCCAACAUGGUUCUUUCAGCUUUUGGCAUUCAUGGAAAGCAUGUGGAAAUGGUUUCUUGGCUUCAGAGGAUGAGGAAUUCGGGCGUUCCCUUCUUAAUCAGAACCUACAAUUCUGUAUCAAAUUCUUGCCCAACGAUCAUGAGGAUGAUGAUGGAGUUGAAUAACUUCCCAUUGUCAACUGAAGAGUAUGGUAGCUUGGAAGGAGGAGAGGCUAUGGUAGUUAGGGAGUUACUAGUGUCUUCUGUGAUUUUGGAAGAGGUAAUGGUGUGGGGUUCUUCGGAGGCAAAAUUGGAUUUGCAUGGAUUUCACUUGGGAUCAUCCUAUUUAAUUAUGAUACUUUGGUUGGAGGAGAUGCAACGAAGGUUGAAUGACUCAAAUUGUGGAAUUCCUGCAGAAAUCACAGUGGUUUGUGGGUCAGGAAAGCAUAGCAAAGUUAGAGGAGAAUCACCAGUCAAAUCCUUGGUUAAAGCGAUGAUGGUGAAUAUGAGAGGUUUACUGAUUGAUAGGAAGAACAAUGGAUGCUUUGUUGCCAAAGGUAAAGCUGUGAAAAAUUGGUUAUGUGAAUUAAGGAAGCCAUGA